CAGCCGCAUAAAAACUCAGGAUCGCUCUGAAGAAGCGCGCGCGCGCACGAAGUCAAGAGUUUUACCGGCGAGCCAAAAACUUGCAUCCCAAAGGGGGGACCUCUACGAGGAGACCCCCCCCGCGAAACGGAGCGUGCCAAUCGGACGUGCGCGUUGCGGUUCUUGAAACACGCACACGCCGACACAAUCGGCUGUCCACCCGUGCUCUCCCAAACCUCCGGUGCAAAGAGAGACUCGCAAGCGCACGGCACCCCCACAGCCUCCAAAGCAGAGAAUGCAACGCCCGAUCGGACACCCAGGCGCGAGCGGGUGUGCAUCUCUUAGACCUCAAACUUUUGCGUGCACCAGACACACCCACGCCCUCGAACGGUUCUCGCUGGCACACGCAUCCACGCAACCAUUGCACGGCCGCGCCUUCCCUCUAUCGCCACAGACGAGAAAUCUUGGAAGGGGGGGGGGAAGAGGCAGAGCAGGGAAACGGACCCCAGAGCUAACCACCCAGAUCUUGGCGAGGACUUCCCGGCGCGCCGGCGCCUCCGCUCCGCCGGGGCCAGAGAGAUACCUUGGCUUCGCGGCGUGCAAAAGGAGGGUCGCGGUUGCAAGAUCGGGGCGGGCGGGCGUUUGCGCGUGUAAAAGGCUGCCUCGCCGGCUGAUGCCGCCCCCCUUCAGCUUUUGCAGGACGCAUGCCCCCCCUCCGAACAAACAAACAAACAAACGCAAAUGACCAAAGUUGCAUGGAUCAAAAAGGCGGAGAGUGGCGAACGCUUUCCUCCUCCUUUAGCUCCUCUUGCAUUCCCUGCCCCCCUUUCCCCAGCCCCCCCUUUCCCUCUUAUUCUUUCUCUCCCCCCCCCUCCCAUGUUGGCUUUCAUUCAAAUGUGGGUCAGGGGUGAGCGGCGCCCAACGUCACAAGCUGACAAGAUGGCGCUGAGAGGGAGGCGGUGAGAUAAGGCACGGGCUGGUCGAAACCCGGCGGGCAGGCGAGGCGCGAGUGCAGGAGGAGAGGGGCGCAAGGGGAGCGCGAGGGCCGCGCCCCAAAGCAUGCGAUCCCAAAGACGCUGGCAUUUGUCUUGGGGGACAGUCUAACAUGUGAGCCGUUGUAACGCACAGCGUAUGCAGUUCCGCAGUCUCUCAGCACCUUGGGAUGAUGCCCGCAAUUUUUUUUUCCUGGUUUGUGCAAAGACAGUCACCUUGGUAAGGGGAGAUGGUGCCCCUGUUUUUCUCAUUUGCUCCCCUGUCGAACUUCCUUGUGAGAUUUAUCUGCUGACCUGUGUUUUCCCAGCGGUGUCGCAAACUUCGGGCUUCCAGUUUUAGAAGUCUUUUAACGCUUCACACGUCUGGGAUUCAGUGGUAGGCUUCCUGGGUCAGAGGAUGCACGUUCAAGGCCGGCGUGGUAAUGUUGCAUGUUGCCCCAGGGCAAACUCCCCCUGUUGGUAUCUGAGUGAUCCCUGCUGGUUCUUCAUUCAGCAUCUGUCCAAGCCCCCUUCUAUUGAUGGCCUGUUGGGAUUUCAAUGGAACAUCCUGGGAGGUACCUGGUCCGUCGGGCAGCACUGGAAGGAGGUGCCUUUUAGCCCCAUGUACCUGGCAUGGUGAUAAAGUAAACGGGGAAAGGAAAAGAAGGUGGAGAUGGAACUGCCAAAUCAUGCCAAACAACUGCUGCUGCAGCUAAACCAGCAACGAGCCAAAGGAUUUCUCUGCGAUGUGAUCAUUGUUGUUGAAAAUGCCCUCUUCCGUGCCCACAAGAAUAUCCUUGCAGCCAGCAGCAUGUAUUUCAAAUCCCUCGUCCUGCACGACAACCUGAUCAACUUAGAUACCGACAUGGUGAACCCCACAGUGUUCCGACAAAUCUUGGACUUUAUUUAUACUGGGAAGCUCUUGAUGACCGACCAGCCUGGUGAACAGAACUUCAACGCUCUCCUCACGGCCGCAAGCUACCUCCAGCUACCUGACCUAGCUGCCCUCUGUAGGAAGAAGCUGAAACGCAAUGGGAGGUCUUUCGCUGGCAGGGCCGGCGGCACCCCCAGUGUUGGGAGACCCCCUCGGAGUCAGAGACUUUCUACUGCUUCAGUCAUCACUCGUUAUUCAGGGUCAACGGAGGGGCUGAAGGGCUCUCACUCAAAGGAGAUGCCAAAGGGGAAGAUCUCGGACGACGAGGUCUUCAUCAGCAGUUCCAUCCAAGAGAAUUCGCAUGUCUUGAGUCGGGGAAUCGGCAAGAAUGGCGGAGAUGGAAGCAGCAGCAGCGCCAAUGGAAGCAGCGGGGACCAGGAGCUCGGCCUCGACCUGUCCAAGAAAAGCCCCUCGCUUCCUCCAGCAGCCUCCCAGGAUGAUACGCAGCACAGUGAAAGCCAGCGUGGUUCCCCCCGACCUGCCUCAGCCCCUGCAGCCAACAGUGCCUCAUCAUUUGACGAGUCCACCACCGGAGCCCCACCCAACCUCCCUGACAACUGUGAGCCCAUGGAAAUGGACUUAAGUGAAGAUCGCCAGUCUCUCCCAGAAGGUAGCCAGAGGAAAAGCCUGCGCCACUCAUCACGCAAGAAGGAGUGGCUCAAGAAGGACAGCGUUUUUGACAGGAAGGAGGGUGGUGGCAAAGGUGGCGAGGAGGGCGAGGGACUGCCCAACGGCAUACUGAUGGGCCCCUUGUGUAAGUCAGCGGAGCGGAGCCUGGGCCUGGGUGCCUACGGGUCAGAGCUACCGUUUACAUGCAAAGAGGAUGUGGAGAACGGCAAGGAGAACAGUGACGACAGCGGGCAGAGCGAGAGCGAGAGUGGCGGGCACACCAGCGCCAACUAUGUCUACCGGCAGGAAGGCUAUGAGCCAGUGGCCUUUGGGGACAACCUUUACGUCUGCAUCCCAUGCGGAAAGGGUUUCCCUAGCUCCGAGCAGCUGAAUGCUCACGUAGAGAAACACACUGAGGAAGACCUCUACAUCAAAGAGGAAGGAACUUACGACGAUAAGGAGGAGGAAGCGGAGGAUUUGUCCAAUCCCAACCAGCCCUAUACCACCGAAUCCCGGCCCUUCAAGUGUUCCGUGUGCGAGAAGAGCUACAAAGAUCCGGCCACCCUCCGGCAGCAUGAGAAGACUCACUGGCUGACCCGGCCUUUCCCUUGCAAUAUCUGUGGCAAGAUGUUCACACAGCGGGGCACGAUGACACGGCACAUGCGCAGCCACUUGGGCCUCAAGCCCUUUGCUUGUGAGGAGUGCGGGAUGCGCUUUACCCGGCAGUACCGACUGACAGAGCAUAUGCGUGUUCACUCAGGGGAAAAGCCCUACGAAUGUCAACUUUGUGGCGGGAAGUUCACCCAGCAACGCAAUCUCAUCAGCCACCUGCGAAUGCAUACCUCUCCUUCAUAAAAGCCAAAGACUCUGCAAUGAGCUCUGAGCCCACCCACCAUAAACGUACCUUUUUCCCUAGACUUGCUGCUUUAAAAAAAAAAACAAAAAAACCUAAAAUAAGGGUCAUUCCCUUCCCUGUUCAGUCAUGGGGGGCUUCAGCCAAGCAGAGCUUUAUUUCUUUUUCUUCCCCCUGCCCCUCCAAAUAUACAAAGAAAAACCAGCCCAGAAUUAAGCUGCUGCCACCCUGUUUGCAUUUUCCUUCCCCUCUCCCUUGUCUUUUAGGUCAAAUUGUUGUUGCGAGAAAUGCCACUACUCUGCAUAGUUGUGGGGACAUGUAGCUUAACUGUGAGCCCCAGAUGUGGAGAGAAAGGGCUGAGGGGUGGAGGAGAAGAGUUCCUUCCAGGUUGAUGGUAAUUGGAAAUGGUAGCCAAAAGGGGCCAAUCUUUGUGAUUGGAGGGGGGGGGGAAAUGGGGUCUCAGCUGCUUCAUGUUCCUCAGUUUCCUUUCUUAGCACUUUGGAUUUCUGUCGAUAAAACUCAACCCAAGUAUUAUUUCCUUGGUGCAGAUUGACAUUACGCACAGACUUUUCCCAUUCUGUGGCUGGUUUUCCCAGCCACGGGCGUUCGUCUUUCCUUCCAUUGUCCGACCAAGUGACAUUGGUAGUUUCCCUAAAUGCCGUCGGUGGAGGCGUUUCUUGCCAACAGAAUCCCAUUUUUUUUUUAACAAAAUGGUAACCCUUGACACGACUCCUCAGAAUUUCUUUGUGAUAAGAUGGCAGCGAUUGCCGUUGGCUGCAAUAGGGGAACCUUUUGUUGGUGGUAUUAUCAGUUGGCUGCCUCUUAACGAUCCCUCCUCAAGAGUUUUUGCAUGCUAGAAGAGAAGCGCUUUCAAUCUAGGAAGGUGGCCUAUUUCUCUUCUCCCCCACUCUGCCUGCCAUUUUUUCAGUAGUAGAGUUUGGCCUGCUGUGUCGUUGCACACCAGACAUGUACCUCUUCACCUCCACCUUCUUGGCCUGUUCCCCACUUCAAUCACUUCAGCGUUAUCCAUGACUGAAUGGGAGUCGGGUGCCCCUGGGAAUUUAUUUCAGCUGAGCAGGGGUCGUCUUUCUGUUUUGUUUUCCCACCCCUAAUAGUUCGUAUGAAUAUUCUUUCCUUAGAGGUACUUGUUUUAUUAAGAGAGAGAAAACAAACAAACCAUUGUUUAAAGCGUUUAUGUAAUUGUUGGAACUGGAAGGUUUUGAAGUAACUCUAAUGGAACGGGCGCGGGGAGUUGGGUUCGAUAUAGGCUGGAAUUGCUACAAGUUCCUUUAGGUACUUUUUUAUUUUUAUUUUGUGCGUGAGUGUGUGUGUGUGUGUUUAGCUUUUUCUCCCUCACUAAAGAACAGGUUAAUAUGGAUCGGCCUGUUCCCUUUGCUACCUCUUGAAUUCAUGAGAACAAUAAGAUGGUUAGUGAAAUAUUAGGUGUGGCGUUUUGUCCCUCCUCCCCCUCCCGCCUUGUAAGUAAGUGUACAAAGUAGAAAUUAAAUUAAAAACGUAAGGGAUUUUUACCACCCUUGUCCUUCCAUCAAGAAGUCAACUUAAAAUGAUUCUAGAAGCGCAACUUGGCCAAAGACGAUAAUAGGUAGAUUAUAAGCCAGCGGCCCAAGUGAAUAGUUCUGUAGGGGUCGCUGGCUUUUCACCAAAUUACUGAUUUUUUCUGUCCAUGAGGAAAUCUUUUUUUUUUUUAAAGCUCUUUCCAACGUUGUUUAUUGAACCUGGAUGCUAUUGGGGGCAGGGGGGGGGCGAUGUCUGCUAUCCGUUACGUUUCAGACGCAUCUGGGUUAGCAUGGUAACCACCUGACGGGAUACGAAAACGCUGUUGUAGCGGGCGUUGUGUUACUAGGCUCCAGAGUGCAAUAAGAGUGUGUGGGAAGCCUAACCAAAGUGUUUCAUGUCCUCCCUUUUCUGGGAGGGAGGGUGUGGGGGGUGCGGUUUUCUGCUUCUUCUUUUUAAAUUAUGAUUGUUGUUGUUAUUAAGGAAAUCUUAAUGCACGCACACGAGAGUUGGAAAAAUCGAAGAGAGGGGUUGUUUUUUUUUGUGCCCCCCUCGGUAGAAGACUUCACAGCCAACAGCUGCUAUAGGUUUAGGAGGAGAGGACAGAGUCAUCACCCGCCAUUUUGUGGCCCCUCGACUUGGUUGGCGUGACCUUUUGUGGAAAGUGAUGGCUUUCCCCCAGCCCCCUCCCAGUGGGGGAAGUGGGGUGGUAAAAAUUUCGCAGUCCCUUUAGAAUCAUCCUGUCUAAAAUUGAGUAAGGUUUACAUUUUGUUUUUCCGCUUUAACUUUCUUGCUCAAAACCAUUGUUCUUUUUAUUAUAUUAUUAUUAUGAUAAUUAAUAUUAUUAUUAUUAUAUUGGUAGGGUUCACCAAAGCCCUGUCUUUUUUCUUCAGAAAAGGGGAAAAAAAACUUUUGUCUUUAAGUUUAGACCAAAAAAAAAAGUUUGAGCAUAUUCAGAUAAAACAAAGAUAAGCUUUCAAUUUUUUUCCAUCCCUCCUCUUCCCUGCACAACAGCUCCCCCUGUUUUUUUUCCUCUUAAGAAACAGACCGUUAAAAAGUGUUUUGAAUGAACUGAGUCGGUGGGAGUCCAUACUUCCAUGCAGUACAGCAAGAACCUGUGAUUCCAAUUCCCAUCAGCCCCAACCAGCAAGGCCAAUAGUCUAGGACAGCCUUUCCCAACCAGUGUGCCUCCAGAUGUUGUUGGACCACAACUCCCAUGAGCCUCAGCCAGC